AUGGCGAAAGAUUUUUCUACAACAGCUUCUAUGAACGAUUCUUCUCUACUCGAUACUUCUAUAACAUCUUCUAUGAUCGAUUCUACUCCAAACGAUAAUUCUACAACAUAUGUUAUGAGAGAUUCUACACGACACGAUUUUUAUACAACAGCUUCUAUAAUCGAUUCUUCUCCACAAGAUUUUUAUAAAACAGCUUCUAUGAUCGAUUCUUCUCCACAAGAUACUUCUAUAACAUCUUCUAUGAGUGAUUCUACUCCAAACGAUAAUUCUACAACAUAUGUUAUGAGAGAUUCUACACGACACGAUUUUUAUACAACAGCUUCUAUGAUCGAUUCUUCUCUACAUGAUACUUCUAUAACAUCUUCUAUGAGUGAUUCUACUCCAAACGAUUAUUAUACAACAGAUUUUAUGAUCGAAUCUUCUCCACCCGAUUUUUAUACAACAGCUUCUAUGAUCGAUUCUCCUCCACAAGGAGAUGCUGUAAGGGAUGACAAUACUGGAUCUAUAGUAGGAGGAAUAUUUGGUGCUAUUAUUAUUAUAGUCAUUAUUAUAGUAGUGGUACUGUUUCUUUACAAGAGAAAGACACGACUAUCCAAAGAAGUGACACAAAAUGCUGUUAUACCACAGUAUUUUGUCGUUGAUGGUCCUGAAAGUGCUACCAAUCGUAAAGACAAAGAUGGAUGUUAUGACGUGGAAUUGGACAUUGAAUCAAGAGUACAAACAAAUGCUGUUUAUCUUCACCAAAGUACCAUUAAUAAUCGUAAAAGUAUAUAUGAGGAAAUUGAAUUGGAGGGAAAAGCAAAACGACAAACAACUGAUAAUUAUGAUCAUGUCGGAGAUGAUAAACUGAAAGUAAAAUCUCAAAAAGAUCUUGAUAACUAUAAUCAUAUUGGAACUUACAAUCAUUCUGUACAUGAAGAUAACUACAAUCAUAUCGGAAACAAUUUGUCUCUAAGAUCUAAUCAUCUUGAUGCAGAUUAUAACCAUAUUAACGGAGUGUUUGGUAAUUCCAAUGGUGAAGAUGAUUACAAUCAUAUUGGUGAUAAUGAUAACAAGAAUGUGAUAACAGAUGAUAAUUAUCAUCAUAUCCGAUCGGGGGACAUCAAGGUAGAGGGAGAUUAUGAUCAUAUCGGAUCUAAAAUGUAA